UCCAGAAAUCUCACCAUCGUCAGUGGAGAGCAUUUCAUUUCUUCCAAUUUGUCCCUUCUUCUCUUCGUCAGUCUCGUUCGCCAUAAUCUCCAUUCAGCCAUUCUUCCUCUCUUCUACUCUCGUCCAUCAUUAUUUCGUAGGCUCCGGCUGCCUGUCCAUCAUCUCUUUGAACCACAGUUCAAGCCUUAAGCACUUUCCUCUACUCUCAGCCUCUCACUUGCAUCUUUCACCCUCAACUGCUAGGGUUUCUUCAUAUCUUCAUAUCUGAUUGGUUGCGGAUCGAAAUAGAGGAGGCGCUGGAACUGUCAUGUGCUAAGGACACGAAGGAGAGGAUGUCGGGCGUGGAGAGCCUCCACCAACUUCUGUAAGCUUCCAAAAAGAGCCUCUCGUCUUCCGAGGAAAUGUAUACACAAACUUGGCCUCAAUUUCGUGAUGAACUUCACCGUGACAAUCUUCCUUCAUCUUUGGUGAAAGAUAAAACCCUUGUCACUAAUUUUAAGAUUGUUUUGCUAAUGUUGUUUUGGAAAAGCAGCAAAGGCCUAAGUGAUGUAGUGGUGGCUGAUCAUACUUGUUCUGGGGAAAAUUGCUCUUACUACCAAAUUGGAGAUGUAUUUAUUUGUGAGAAGACUGGACAAGUUCAUGUUUGUGACGAUACGUGUAGAGAAGUAAUUAUGGAUCCCACAGACGAGCUUUUGGUAUGUACAAUAUCAGUUAUCCCAGACAGAGCAAUUGAAGCAGAAGAUANGAAGCAUGGAGAUUUUCUGAGACUGGAGAUGGACGGGUUUGAUAGCAGUUCUGCAGUGAUUGUUCUUGGAGCUACUAAUAGGUAGAAACACCCGAUAGGAUUGGAAGAGAAACCAUCCUAAAAGUUCACGUUUNCAAGAAGGAACUUCCUUUAGCCAAGGAUGUUGACCUGGGCNACAUUGCUUGUAUGACCACUAGUUUUACUAGAGCUGAUCUUGCAAACCUUGUAAAUGAGGCUGCUCUACUUGCGGGAAGACAAAAUAAAACUGCGUGGAGAAACUUGAUUUCAUCCAAGCUGUAGUGUGUGUUCUGGAUUUCUUGUUCCAAGAAAUCUAUCAGCUACUACUUGUAGUUUGGGCAUAAAGAAGAAGACUGCCAAGUUGCGAGGAACUGAGAAGGCUGUAGUUGCACGACAUGAGGCUGGUCAUGCUAUAGUAGGUACUGCAAUUGCAAAGCUUCUUCCUGGACAACCACGUGUUGAGGUAAAUGGUUGAAGAUGCUCAUACUGGUAACUAAAAAAUGUCAGUCAUUGUAGAUAUGUGGAUUGAGGAUGCAUAUUACCUAUUUGAAAUUUUGGAUUUCAGUUGCUAGCUUUUAGGAUUCUUGGUAUAUAAACCUACAACUAGAAUUACUACAUUUAUGUUUAAAUUUACUAUGAUGAUUGAUUAUUUCUUGUUCA